AUGUUAUGGAGAGGAGCUGAAUGGAGUCAUGAGUUAAUUCGAUUAACAGUCGAGCGAGGCGAGCGGUGGUCGGUGGGAAUCGAUAUUAUGAUGUGUGUGAGCGUGUUAUCAGUAGUAUCAGGUGUCCGUUAUCAUGAGAACGAGCACCUGACGGGGCGGACCCUCGAGCUGACACCAGCAGCUGUCCUGAGGGAGGUGAGGGCAUCAUGA